AGCGUCUUUCGCAUUGUUUAGUUUAUGGUGGAAAUCUCCAAUCAAUUGUUUCCUGCACUAUUGCAAACUUGAAUCAAACAUCCGGGACUCCAUUUUCUUGGAUGCUUCGCUUGUAGUAGAUCUACCAACCAUUAUUUUGGGUCACUGCAUCUAACACCAUGGGAAGAGAAUCUGAUAGUCUCAAGAGUACCGAACACAACUUCAGCUCAAGACAGUCCAUUCUUCUCCUCGCCAUUAUGGUGUACUCGCUUGGUAUUGUAGGCCAGUACUUUCUGUUGAAUACCGACAAGCUGGAUAAAUCAAUUAGUCAACUCCAGGAUACAAUUCAAACGAUUGAGGCUAAAAACAACGAGCUUCUGAAAAGACUUGACUAUCUAAAGUUGCAAGACAUCUCCAGGACAGACAAAGUGACCAGAGCUUAUCGGGACAUAUUCAACAGAGUCGACAUGGUGUUCAAGGAUCUCGAAAGAUACAAAUCAGGAGCUGGACGGAGGCUCAGGAAGCAAAUUGUCGAGGCCGAGCUCACUAGAAGACUCUCAACUAGUUUAUCAAGAAUGAGCUACGAGCAAGAGAAGAAUCGAAGGAAGCUCGAGACCCUUGUGCGGGAGCUGUGGCUCUUUGUGGAGGCCUAUCAAUUCUCUCAGAAACAAGUUGAUAAAGCUACAGUCUCGAACUCUUGGGCGAUGCAGAAUAUAAUAAGGUCGACAGACGCGAACGAUUCGCUUGUGUCUAAGUUCAAGACUACCUUACGAGGAUAUAAACGAUCUAUUGAUCACGCCCUUGAUACCCUGCGUGGCUCAGACGGUCUCGACAAUGACAGAUUGGCUAUGUCACUGGAACUUGGGGAGAGGGUCCAAAGAAGACUGAGCGCUGUUCAAAACCCGCCCAACUGUUCUGCGGCCAAAUACAUCGUUUGCCCACUAAAGCCGUGCGGCUUUGGUUGCGUUAUCCACCACUACGUCCAGUGCUUGAUUAUGGCCUACGCAACUGGUAGAGUGAUGGUAAUCUCCGACGAAAGCGGCCCCGACGAGAGGCAACCGUUUAAGGAUAUGAGCGAGACGUGCGCCAGUGAGAAUAUCACUGUCAUGGAAAAGUUGGAGGGGACUCGCAGCCAAGAACGUGUACUACGGCAUGUAAUUAUUGAGGAAGUUUCUGAGGAAGCCAGGAAGAUCAUGCCUUUGGCUAUACCUGCAGAUCUCGCUCCAAAACUAAAUUUAUUCCACGGAAAUCCAUCGGCUUGGUGGGUCGGGCAGUUAGCAGCCUACAUUAUGAGACCAACACCUGAAUAUCAGCAAGAGCUAAAUGAACUAACAGAGAGACUCGACUUGGAAGGUCUUUAUGUUGGAAUACACGUUCGUCGAACAGAUAAAAUAAUCGAGGCGGCGUAUCACGAACUGAAGGAGUACAUGCAGUAUGUGGAACAAUAUUAUGAAAACCUUCAAACUCCAGUCUUAAAGAGGAAAGUUUUCUUAGCGUCAGAUGAGAAUCUGAUAGACGAGGCGAGAUUAUCAUAUCCAAAUUUUACUUUCAUUCACAACCCGAACAUUUCAAUGGACAGGAACAGCAUGGACGGUUUCAAGGGACUGGUCACAGACAUUUUCUUCCUCGCCCAUUCGCAGUUCCUGGUCUGCACCUUUUCCUCCCAGGUGUGUCGGCUGGCCUACGAGCUGAUGCAGACAAUGCACGGUGACGCCUCAAACUGGUUUCGCUCCCUGGACGACAUCUACUACUUCGGCGGACAGACACACCACCUGGUCCGGGCCAUGGAGUCAAAUGAGGAGGGUGAGGACCUCGAGGGAAACAAGAUAAUAAAGUUAAGGAAGGGUGAUCUAAUCGAGACUGCGGGUAACCACUGGAAUGGUUUCUCCAAAGGAACAUUACUAAGUACUGGUGAAACAGGAUUGUAUCCUUCUUACAAAGUAGAAGAUGUGUUGGAGUAUGUCUGCUUGCCAGAUUUUGCAAACAUUUCUUCUCUCUUUCCAUUAGUAUAAGUUUGUAUAAGCUAAUUAUUGAUUUUUUUUUGUUGCUGUAUUAAAAAGCAUGUAAAAAUGAAA